GACUCCUGCGCUUUUCCGCCGAAUCCGCGGAAAGCAGAAAGGCAAUUUACGACAGCGCCGGUCGCGUUUACGGCGCCGGCCUCUGCGCGCGCAUGUUCUUCCUUCUCCUGGUUCUCCGGAGUGGUGUUUGUAGGGCUUUGUCUAUCCAGGAUCAUCUGUCGCCAUCCAGGCCGCCCGGGGCCGUUACAGGUUUUAGAAGAUGGCGAAGUUUAUGACACCUGUGAUCCAGGACAACCCCUCAGGCUGGGGUCCCUGUGCAAUUCCAGAACAGUUUCGGGACAUGCCCUACCAGCCAUUCAGCAAAGGAGAUCGUCUAGGCAAGGUUGCAGACUGGACAGGUGCCACAUACCAAGACAAGAGGUACACAAAUAAGUACUCCUCUCAGUUUGGCGGUGGGAGUCAGUAUGCUUAUUUCCACGAGGAGGAUGAAACCAGCUUCCAGCUGGUGGACACAGCGCGCACACAGAAGACUGCCUACCAGCGCAACCGGAUGAGGUUUGCACAGCGGAAUCUCCGUAGAGACAAAGAUCGGCGCAACAUGAUACAGUUCAACCUGCAGACCCUGCCUAAGAGUGCCAAGCAGAAAGAAAGAGAACGCAUCCGGCUGCAGAAAAAAUUCCAGAAACAAUUUGGAGUGAGGCAGAAAUGGGACCAAAAAUCACAGAAACCCCGAGACUCUUCAGUUGAGGUUCGUAGCGACUGGGAGGUGAAAGAGGAAAUGGAUUUUCCUCAGUUAAUGAAGAUGCGCUACUUGGAAGUGUCAGAGCCGCAGGACAUUGAGUGUUGUGGGGCCCUGGAAUACUAUGACAAAGCCUUCGACCGCAUCACCACGCGGAGUGAGAAGCCUCUGCGGAGCAUCAAGCGCAUCUUCCACACGGUCACCACCACAGACGACCCCGUCAUCCGGAAACUGGCCAAAACCCAGGGGAACGUGUUUGCCACCGACGCCAUCCUGGCCACGCUGAUGAGCUGCACCCGCUCGGUGUACUCCUGGGACAUCGUGGUCCAGAGAGUUGGGUCCAAGCUGUUCUUCGACAAGAGAGACAACUCGGACUUCGACCUCCUGACAGUGAGCGAGACGGCCAACGAGCCCCCCCAGGACGAAGGUAAUUCCUUCAACUCGCCCCGCAACCUGGCCAUGGAGGCGACCUACAUCAACCACAAUUUCUCCCAGCAGUGCUUGCGAAUGGGGAAGGAAAGAUACAACUUCCCCAACCCAAACCCCUUUGUGGAGGACGACAUGGACAAGAACGAGAUCGCUUCCGUGGCGUACCGUUACCGCAGGUGGAAGCUUGGCGAUGACAUUGACCUCAUUGUCCGCUGCGAGCAUGACGGCGUCAUGACGGGCGCCAACGGGGAAGUGUCCUUCAUCAACAUCAAGACACUCAACGAGUGGGACUCCCGGCACUGCAACGGCGUUGACUGGCGGCAGAAGCUGGACUCCCAGCGCGGGGCCGUCAUCGCCACUGAGCUCAAGAACAACAGCUACAAGCUGGCACGGUGGACCUGCUGCGCACUGCUGGCCGGGUCCGAGUACCUGAAACUGGGCUACGUGUCCCGGUACCACGUGAAGGACUCCUCGCGCCAUGUCAUCCUGGGCACCCAGCAGUUCAAGCCCAAUGAGUUCGCCAGCCAGAUCAACCUGAGCGUGGAGAACGCCUGGGGGAUCCUGCGCUGCGUCAUCGACAUCUGCAUGAAGCUGGAGGAGGGCAAGUACCUCAUCCUCAAGGACCCCAACAAGCAGGUCAUCCGUGUCUACAGCCUGCCCGAUGGCACCUUCAGCUCCGACGAGGACGAUGAGGAUGAGGAGGAGGAAGAGGAGGAGGAGGAAGAGGAAGAGACUUAAGCCAGACAGGUGUAGGCCUGGAGUUUCCUUCUCCCGCUCCCGGGAGGGUUGCUGCCUGGGAAGGUCGUGUGUCUGCUGCUCUCUGCCAGUUGGCAGCCGGAAUAAAGCUGAAGUCCCUAGUCA